AUGGUUAACGUUAUUUUUGUCUGCAUUGGCGUAUUGCUAGUAUGGGGCACCGUACAGUCAACGGACACAUGCGUGAAAUCUGGUAUUACUGAUAACCAAUUAUCGAAGGCCUUUUAUAGGGCGGAUCCGGAUAUAAAAACCGGCUACUUGGAUGUGAGUGUUGGUUGGUUUUCCGUUUCUGCAGUAGGCUCAGGAGUGACUUUGAGCUACAAUAAUUGGUUAAACCAGGAACACGAUGCCCGAUCCGAGAUGAUCAACCUGUGGUCCCAUUUAACCUACAUGGUCGUAUCAAACUCUUUCGAGCUAUACGCCCAUUAUGAGUAUUAUAUGCUGUAUUCUUAUGGAAUAUCUCAUUCACUUGUGGAUUAUAGAACUGUUCAAGAAUUAUUUGAUACCGCUUGCUUCAAUUGGAACAGUGUGGAGAACACGUGGCCAUAUGGUUGCUUCGAUGCCGACUUCUUCUGCCACAUGAGUUCCGCUUUAGAGAAGCAGGAGAAUAUUGUAAUUGAUUCACAUUGGGACAUGAGAAGGUAUCCACCAAAGCUGGUAGAGGAAAUGAAAACUUUUAAAAAAGAUGUCGAAGAAUAUUCCGUACUUGGUGUAGAUAGAUAUUACAGAACAGCAACUCUGAAAUUGUAUUUCGAACCAGAAAUCCUUAAAUUCAUUCCAGAAUCUACCCAAGAAGACGUAUUUUAUCGUUCCAAAUUAACCUGGAUGUUUAUUGCCAAGGCUUUAGAAGGAGAUUUGAAUGGAUUCUCGUACGACCUUUCUGAAAUCGAAUCGAGUGGCUGUACCUCGCUUGCAGGCCAACCAAUCGCAACCAAUUACUUUUGCAAAAUCGAAGAAUUUAAAGACAAGGUCAGUGCCUGCGCUGCGUUGUCAGACGUUACCCCUUGCAUAUACGACAAAAAUGUGCAAUCAUAUUUGACUCGCGGGAGAUUCCGAGACAUGGAAGAGCUGGAGCUUUUACACGAUAUGGUUAGUAAAACUCAAGAUAUUUUGACGGAGUUCAAAGAUAAGGUUUUGGCAAACGAUCGUGAUGGCCUGAACUCGCUGUACAAUAAAUUUAACCCUCACGUUACUGUAGAUGAUUCAAUGUGCGUCAGAGACUGGCCUAAUGCCUUCGACUGUACCAAUAAUAUCGCAUGUGUCCCUCACAAUGCUCCUCAUAAAUUUGACUGUAAUGGUGAAUAUACCUGUAGAAUCAACAUGAUGUACAGAUUUGACUGUUUGCUGAAGUUCGUUCUUAAACAGACAAAACAGCUCGUGGACGUUGCAGCCAGUGGAAACUGGGGGAGAUCUGAAGUUAUCAAAGCUAAGAAUGACUUAAUGAUAUGGCUAUCAUAUAUACCAAUGGCUCGCUACACAAGUUUAGCUGGCAACGAAAUCAACGAUGUCAUCAUAGAUACACAGAACACAAUCAAAGGAUACGUUACCAGCUACGACACUCAGGGACUUGACACUUUCGUCUCCAAUUUGCCCCACAUGAGCUUUGUUCCUCAAUGGGCCAAGGAUGUCGCUUGUCAGCAAGUAUCCGUUUCUUCAGAGUAUACCAUAUUCUGCAACCUGGAUCCUCUGUUAAAUAGUGUUUUCCUUUUCAUCCAGGCCUUUGAAAAUAGCAAGCAGUCGACGACGAAGAUUCUGAACCCAACUAUAAACUAUCGAACCCUUCUAGAUCAGCUCCAACUUGAUAGAGCAGCCCAUCUGAUCAAUGUACAGACAGAAACAAUCUCCAACCAGUUCAGAGAUGAGGUACAAACAAACUUUCAAGAGCUGUCCAGCUAUUUUUCAUCUCUAGCGGACUACGAUAAAACCAAGGCCGAUGCAGAUAUUGCUUACAUUGAUGGUCAACUUGAGGUAUUCAAGGCCAAAAUUACAUCUGUUUCUAAUUCAGUUGAACAUAAGUUCACUACAAUCCUUAACUUGGCCAUUGGAAGCAAUGUAGCGGAGUUGCUUCAGAAAACUGUUAAGGUUGGAGUGGCAUUGGUAUCAAUGGCAAAUCCGAUUGGUAAGAUUAUUGGUGAUUCAAGUGUCCUUGAUUUCAUGGACGCACUAAAUGACUUAGCCCAAGCAGGAGUGACGACAGCAGUUAUUGCUCGGUUGAGCGACCAAGAGUUUCCAGAUCUAAUACAGCAAGCAAUUGAUCUAGGAACAAAAUUUGCCGAUAAUGAAGGUCAGUUGGGGGAUGCAAGAAUAUUUAUUGAUAAAAUGAAAGAUGGGGAAGACGCCGUAGAGACAGCAAACGAUUUUCUCGGAAAAUACAACGAUUACACGCCUAAAGUCUUAUUGGCUGAUAUUACUUCUUUUGGGGCAAAAUGGGAGACAGUCGCUGAAGACCUCUGUGAAGCCGCCUUUUCGGCCGAAUCAGCCGGAAGUGCAUUGAUAGAAAUCGGUUUAGCUAGUACUGGUGACUGUGUUAAUGUCGGAAAUGAGAUUGAAGAAUUGAUAACCUACUAUGAAGAGCUUUACGAGUACCAAUUUGAUUUCAUGGACUCUUUGUCAGACGCUGCUAGAGCCUACCUCGCCUACAAGAAAGCCAACGACCUUAAGUCUGCCUACACCAAUACCGAUAGCUUGAACCAAGCUUUCUUGAAACAAACCGCUGUAAAUGCAUUUAUGGUAUCAACACUGAAUGUUUGGGAAGUUGUUACUGAAUACUGCGAUGCUCUUACCUACACAAGAGGCGGAGAAAUACCUGAUAAAUGUGAAACAGCUUUGAGGGCUCCGUCCCACGACGCCGUAGCACAAGUCAUGAGCUACACACCGGACCCUCUCUGUCAUACCAACAAUGAAAUUACCGACUUCCGAGACAUUCCCACGACACCGACCAAUGCUAAUGAUCAAGGUUACAUAGAUCUUAAUGCUCUUUACGCUCGAGAAACCGUUACAUUCAGGAUACCCAAUUUUCAAUGGUUGAGAGACAAUGGUUGGUUUGGUCCACAUGACCUUGAGAAGGCCGUAUACAUUAAACGCUUUGAGGUAUUCCUUCCGCCAUUGUCUGGUCAAGAAGAGCAUUUAGUAGAAGUUGAAGCUCAACCUGGUAUGGCCAACUACCUUCGACCUGAUGGAACCAACCUGCGUGAUAAAAACGUGUUUUUCAAUUCGCGAAUAUCAAGUCUCAAAUGUCUUGUCGGAGUGUCGGACUCUGUCGACUUGGUUGUAGCUAAGGGACAUAAUCUAUUAUGCGCCGGGAGGAUUUGA